AUGAAGCUGCAGAACUACGAGGAGGCUGAGUUCUACAGCCCACGCGUGGGGAACGACGAGAACUUCACAAAUGCGCCUAGGAAGAAGAAGGAGAAGAAGAAGCGGAAGGCUGACGAGCCAAGGAAGAUCAGCAACAGGAAGAUUGUGAAUCUGCCUGCGUCACAGCCGUACGUGAAGAUGGUUGAUGGGGAAGAGAGACUGGCAUUCAAGUACAACACGAAGCUCUCUGAAUCGGUGAUGAGUUCGAUGCCAAAGGACACCGUGGAUGAGAACGAGUUUUGCGUACGAUUUGACCUGGACAGCGUGGACAUCACGAAACUGAAUGAGAAGUUCAAGGCAGACAACUGCGUCUAUCCCAGGGCGAAUGUGCCCUAUGAGCGAUAUUCAGGAAACAGGUGGAAUUACGAGACAGAAUGCAACAAGUUGGCUUGCAAGUUUGUGUCACUGAAUCCAGUUCUGCUUUACGGGAAGAAGGGGCUGAUUCAAAGGGCAGUUGAUUCGUAUCGAAACAUCUGCAAGACGUCAAAGGGAUCGAAGUACUUCAAGGACGAGGUGUUUAGUGGAGACAUCGAACGUAGGCGACUUCAUGCAAAUAUUCCACAAGCAGGGCAUAUUGAGUACGCCAUAAGGGGGAUUCAGAAAAAGUGCAAGAUUCAUUUGAAUAUUGAUCACGUGGAUCCAAGAGAGCUGCCAGCUGAGUUUGUGGCCAAGUAUUCGGUGAUGCCUGAGGAAUACGAGCCAGAUGACUUCGGAAAGGAGGUAUACGAGUACAAGAACAAGGAGAAUGGGCUAGCUGUGAGACUGGCGUACGUGAAUGUGGAUAACAGCACAUUUCAGAACGUAAUCAAACAGAUAGGUGUGACAAGUGCAGUGAAAUUGGCUGUACAGCUCUACAGAACAAAGAGACACGAAGCAGAAAAUGAGCAAAUGGAUGCGGCUGAAGUAGUCACAGAGACACUUGAUCAGGCAUUCAACAGUCACAAGGAAGAGGAAAUGACAAAAAGAAUAAAUAAUUAA